GGUUUCAAGUCUUAUAAAGAUCAAACUAUAAUAGAACCAUUUAGCUCAAGACAUAAUGUUGUUGUCGGAAGGAAUGGUUCUGGCAAAAGUAAUUUUUUCGCCGCAAUUCGAUUUGUUUUGAGUGAUGCAUACACGAAUAUGAGUAAGGAGGAACGCUUAGCACUUCUUCAUGAAGGAACAGGACCGGCCACCAUGUCCGCUUAUGUGGAAAUAAUAUUUGAUAACAGUGAUAAUCGAUUUCCAACGGGUAAAGAUGAAGUGGUUCUUAGACGUUCUAUCGGCUUAAAAAAGGAAGAUUAUUCCUUAGAUAAAAAAACUGCGACGAAAAAUGAUGUAAUGAAUUUACUCGAAAGUGCUGGAUUUUCUCGUUCCAAUCCUUAUUACAUUGUCCCACAGGGAAGGAUCACUGCUUUGACGAAUGCUAAAGAUCCAGAACGAUUGCAAUUAUUAAAAGAGGUUGCUGGCACAAGGGUAUAUGAACAACGUAGACAAGAAAGCAUGAAAAUCAUCGAAGAAACAGAUUCCAAAAGAUCAAAAAUCGAAGAGCUUCUCACUUAUAUUGAAGAACGUCUUGAAGAACUUGAAGAAGAAAAAGAGGAACUGAAAAAUUUUCAAGAAAUGGAUCGCGAAAGACGGUGCUUGGAAUAUUCAAUAUAUCAUCGUGAACAGACUGAUAUACUUCGUCAGUUGUCCGAGAUGGAUGAACAACGGGAAAAGGGUGUCCAUGGUUCGAACCAACAAAACCUGGAAUUCAAUGAUCUUGAGCGAGAGAUUACUAACAUUGAGCGUGAAAUGGCAGAACUCCAAGAAAAAACCGAACUUUUGAGAGUAGAAAAGAGGGAGCUUGAUGAAGACAUGCAAGAACAGAUUAAAGUCCACGCGCAGAUUGAGUUGGCAAUUAAAGAUAUGGAAGACACUGCACAACAAAAUAAAGAAACAAAAAAAAGAAGAGAGUUGGAAAUGAGAAAUAUAAAAACGAAUAUAGAUCAAAAAGAAGCAGAGUUGGAUAGCAUAAUACCAAUUUAUGAAAAGGAGGUUGCUGAAGAAGCUACAAUAAAGGAAAGAUUGGAUGAAGCUGAAUUGCAUCGUCAAGCGCUCUACUCUAAACAAGGGCGUAGUUCACAGUUUCGUUCGAAAGCAGAAAGGGAUAAGUGGUUAAGAAAAGAAAUAAAAGAGAUCGAUGACACAAUGAUCGCGCAAAAACAACAGGCUGAUGAGCUAGAAAGCCAAAUACACGAUAUUUCGGAAAGUAUAGAUAGAGUGAAUAAUGAAAUAUACGAUACAAGGAAUAAGCUAGAACAGCGAAAAACGACUAUUGAAGAAUUAGGAAAUGAAUACAAUGACUUAAAGUCUCAACGAGAUAAAUUAAUAGAUCAGCGAAAAGAACUAUGGAAAGAAGAUGCACAAUUAGAAACAAAAUUGAUCAAUGCACGAGAGCAAUGGAAAAACUAUGAGAGAGCCUUAGCUAGUUCCAUGGAUAAGAAAACCAACAAUGGCCUGAAUUCUGUGAGACGUAUCACUGAACAAUUUAUGAUUGGAGGUGUUUAUGGGCCACUUUAUGAAUUGUUUGAAUGCACAAAUAAUUCUAUGUGGACUGCAGUAGAAGUCACUGCUGGACAAAGUUUGUUUCAUGUAGUUGUUGAUACAGACGACACAGCUACUAGAAUUUUGGAUGUUCUCAAUCGUGAACAAAACGGGCGUGUAACCUUUGUACCGUUAAAUCGUUUGAGAACUAAGAACUAUGAAUACCCUGAAUCUGAAGAUUUUUUACCCAUGGUCAAUGUUGUUGAAUUUGAUAAAACAUAUACAAAAGCAAUAGUACAGGUGUUUGGUCGUACUAUAAUUUGCAAUAACCUAGAAACGGCAUCUAAGCUAUCUCGUGAAUAUGAUUUGAAUGGUAUUACAGUGGACGGCGAUCAAGUUGAUAGAAAAGGAGCGCUUACCGGUGGAUAUCAUGAUGUUCGUCAUCAACAAAUCACACAAAAAUUGAAUGCAAUACAAAAUGUUGAGGCUAAAAGACGACAAGCUCAAGAUAGUCGUGAUCCUCUUAUGUUCGAAUUGAAUUCCAAAAUCAAGGAAGAAGCAAAUUUGAAAGAGUCAAAAAGCAACAAAGAAAAAUCAUUGCUGAACCUUCAAAGCAGCAUCAAGAUGUUAAAUGCACAAAAGCAAGCUCAUCAAGCGGAAAUGAGCACUGAGCUGACCCAAAAUCUGACUCUACAAGAGCAACAACGACUCGAAAGGUUGAAUGUUGAAGUUGAGCAAUUGAGCGAAAAAUUAUACAAGCUGUCGACAUCAAGAUCUGAGCUUGAGGGACGGAAAAAUGUCCUGGAGAAUGAAUUGGAUGCGAAUUUGAAAAGGCGCUACGAAGAGUUAUUAAUUCAAAUAGAUAGCCUAACUACAAGCGAAGAUGAUCAAAUCCGCAAUAGCAAAAAUGAAAUCGAGGAACUCAUUAACGAAAUGUCUAAUCGGUCGAAAGAAAUCGAGUUAGAAUUGCAAGACCUCUCUUCAGAACUAAGUCAGAAGACUUCAAAAUCUGAAGCAUUAAAAACCGAGCAAAGCAAUCGACAGCAAAAGUUGGAACGGCAGCAAAAGAAUGUCGACAAAUUUCUAUCAAAAAGGAAAUUAUUGUUACAGAAAAAGGAUGAGUGCACAAAAAAUAUACGUGAGCUCGGUGCACUACCAGAAGAGGCGUUUGAAAAGUAUAAAAAUACAGACCCUACAAAGCUUCUAAAACAAUUACAUAAAGUAAACGAAGGUUUAAAAAAGUACAGCCAUGUUAACAAGAAAGCGUUUGAGCAAUAUAACAAUUUUACCAAGCAGAGAGACACUCUUACUAAAAGAAAAGACGAAUUAGAUCAAUCAAAGAGGGCUAUAAAUGAUCUAAUAAUCGUAUUAGAUCAGCGAAAGGAUGAAGCAAUUGAACGCACUUUCAAGCAGGUAGCAAAGUAUUUUGCUGAAAUAUUUGAAAAACUGGUACCUGCGGGACGAGGGCAAUUAAUUAUGCAAAAAAGAAAUGUCAGGGAACAAAUGGAAGAUGUUGAUGAACGGGAAGAUCGCGAAGGUGGAUCUGUGGAUAGCUAUACUGGUGUUGCAAUAAAGGUCUCGUUUAACAGUAAAACAGACGAAGGCCUUCGUAUGCAACAACUGUCUGGUGGACAAAAAUCUUUAGUUGCACUCACCCUUAUAUUUGCAAUACAACGAUGCGAUCCAGCGCCCUUUUAUUUAUUUGAUGAGAUUGAUGCUGCGCUUGAUGCACAAUAUCGUACUGCUGUUGCAUCGAUGAUCCAUGAAUUGAGUGAAAAUGGACAAUUUAUUACUACAACCUUCCGCCCGGAGAUGCUUACAAAUGCUGAUAAAUUUUAUGGCGUAACAUUUUCGAAUAAAGUUUCACGUAUUAAUGUCAUUACCAAGGAGGAUGCGCUUAAUUUUAUCACACAG